AAUUUUCUAUAUUUGUAGAGCCCUCAGAUAUUCCGACGCGUAGGGUCCGUGUUACAAAUGGAGAUGACUCCGAACUCGCGUGCAAUAUUAAACACGGUCACCACUGCUAUUCACUACAUACGUUGAUCAGAGGUACGCCUCAGCCCUGGCCCGGGACCGGCUUUGUGGGGACGCUCCUUCCUGCGCCAGCGGAAAAGGUCCACCCCUGCGCAGUUGUCGAGUGGGUUGAAUGCUCUGCUCAAUUUCUAGAACUCGAAUCGUCGGCGCACCACGCGGAUAACAACAAGCAAAGCUCCCACCCUUCCAGCGAACAAGAACAGCACCAUUCAGAGAAGACCAACGAUGGCCGCGCCGGCCUCCAGAUACGUCGAGCUUGCCAAGCAGCUGCAUCCGCGCCUGCAGCGCUUCCUCGCCAAAUACCCGCCCUCUCAGAUCCUCCCCAAGACGACAAGCACAAACACAAUCAAGGACGGCGCGACACCGAACCCGUUCCUCCCACACAAGCACCCGAUCACCGGCAAAUGGCACGAUCCCGAGUACUCGCUGCGGCGGCAGGCUGAGCUCGUGAAGCUCGCGAGAGAGCAAGGCGUAGAGGAGCUCCUACCGUUCACUUCAAAGGGCACCGAGGAGAGGUUACGGCACAGAGUCGAACUCGGCUUACGUGUCCGUGGUACUGGUGUUGGGCAACGUGUCAAGGGUCAUCUCCACGAGAGAAUGCUGGCGGCAAAGAUGGAGAAAAGGAGAACGGCCAUGCUGGGCAUGCCGAAACUCGUACGGGAGUGGCGCAAGAUUGGAAAGGCGAGAUGGAGCAAGUAUCCCAGGUGAAUCGACCUGCAUUGGAUUUUCUCGUGUCUUGUCAAACCAUAUGUACCAAAUAUCUGUAUCACCGUGUACCAAAGUUGAGCAAUAUCAAAUGCCGUACCUUUCCAAGCACACGCUCGAAUUCGUAGCCCGGUUCAUGCAAGUCCCUGUGCAGUAGUCUCGGGCUGUGGGCCUAAAUUAUCAGAG